AUGCAGUGGCCUACCAGGACAAGACCUUGCCUGCAAUACAAAUUCAGUUCUUUCUGCCAGAACUCGCUGAGACUUGAGGGGCUCGUUUCAGAGGUAGCAUCAAGACCAACGUCGGGUUACCACUCAUAUACUUUUGAAGUCUUUGAGAAGCUCACUGGUAUGCUCUCUGAAGGACAGCCCGAAUUCAAAAACACCUGGAGAGAUAUAAAUUCAGUAUGGAUCGCACACCGGAUAAGAUACAGUUCACCGCCACUGGGCUAUGAGCAUAUGUUGCACUAUGCUGAGACUGGUGUCAGCUAA